AUGGCACCUGCAAAGCAAUUUCUAAUGGCACCUGCAAUUUCUAAUGGCACCUGCAAAGCCAAAAAAGGAUAUAUUAGAAUUUGUGAGGGAAUUUUAGUUAAAUAUUAUUUGGCUAAAGAAAAUGUUAAUAAUAAAAUUAUUUGUUUUUAUGCCCAACAUCCAUUUACUAAAGCUUGGGGUUAUUGCUGUAAUUAUUCUCUAUUUUAUUUUGAAGUUACUAUGAUAGAAGAAGCAAAGGAGCGAACGUAA